AUGUCGCUCGGCCACAACGCCUGGCCCCCGGGCAAUAUUCGGCCUCCGGAUGACCUCCAGGAUUCCCCUCGGCCCGUCAAUGGCUUGGUAAAGACUUUAUCGGGCUCCCGGACGCCUCAAAUACGCGGCUCUGUCGGCGCUGAAGGGCAGAACCCCAACUCGACAUCGGAAGCUGAUAUCGCGACCGAGGAAGACCCGCGCAUUGCCCAAUUCCGGGAAUUGUAUCGCCGAAGCGAGGCGAAAAUUAGCCUGCUGUUCUCGGGACAAGAUCUGGGUGAGGAUACGGUGGGGGCCCCGGCCUCCGGGGAAGGAGAGCAGUCGGAGGCUCACAACGCACGCGUCGAAAACGGCCCACCUCCGACCGCCCCGCGCAAGUCGGCGCGCAAACUUGACGACGACGACUAUGAUGAUUACGACGAGGACGAAGACAUGGAGGACGCCGCCGAAUCCCCAAAGUCCAAGCCUGCCGCCCCACAUGAUCCUAGUGGCACCGCGUCGUCCGCACACCACCCUAGCAUAUCCUCAUCCACUGGCGCAGAUGAGACUAAAGAGAUCAAGAAGGAGACAAUGGAGGAUCUCCGGAAGAAACUCGAAGAAGACAAGAAGGCCACCGAGGAGGCCGCUAGGAGAAGCUUCCAUACCAUUUUCUACACCCUUGAGAAUGACCGAGAUGCGAUGCUGGAUCAACAGCGUUUGGAAGAGUCAGAAAGACAAGUCGAGGCGGAGAUAUCCGGGCAGGCGAACAUGGGUGGUAACAAUGCCCAAGGGGCCUCCAAUGGCUAUAGCUCCCUGAGCAACACCAACCUGGGGGCUUCCAGCCUGACAUUGAAGAACCUUAUUGCCAGAAUCGACAAGAAGCGCGAUAGGGUACAGGCAUCGGAUGCCGAGCUGCGCAGUCUGCUGAGCGAGGUUCGUAAAAACCGCAGCAAAUGGGCAAACGAAGAUAAGGUCGGCCAGGAGGAGCUGUAUGAAGCAUGCGAGAAGGUUCUCAGUGAACUCAAAGCCAUGACCGAGCACUCGACUGCCUUCUUGACCCGUGUCAACAAACGCGAUGCACCUGAUUAUCAUACUGUCAUCAAGCACCCGAUGGAUCUCGGCUCGAUGACGAAGAAGUUGAAGGGACUGCAAUACCGAUCCAAACAAGACUUUGUCGAUGAUCUCACCUUAAUUUGGGCCAAUUGUCUUAAAUAUAACACCAACUCCGACCAUCCUCUUCGCAAACAUGCACUCUACAUGCGCAAGGAGACAGAGAAACUCGUCCCCCUCAUUCCUGACAUUGUCAUCCGAGACCGAGCUGAAGUUGAGGCAGAAGAACGCCGACUUCAACUUGCAGAACUUGAUGGCGCCGAGGAGAGUGAUGAAGAGCCUAUCAUGGCGUCGCGUGGUAGGAAGGCUCCUGGGAAGAAAACUUCGAAAAAGGGCACCGCUCCCUCGCGCAACACCCCGAGUGGCUCCGAAGGCCCUGCUGGGGCUUCUAGCACCCAACCGCCCCCUGUCGCCCGGACAGACUCAGACGCUAUAGGGGAAGCCACCCAGAAUGGAUUCUCUACACCACCUCCCGGGUCGCAUACGCCCUCUGACCCUGCUGGUCCUGGGGCGAUUGCCAUGGGAAGUCAGGAUGAAAACAUGGACAUCGAUGGCCCCACUACAUCCGCCCCUGUUCACAGUGCGCUAUCGGUCCCAGGUGGAGUAGAGCUGGAAGAUCCCGAAUAUAAAGUGUGGAAGCAAGUGACCAAAAAAGACCGCGCGCUUAUCGCGGCCGAUCGGCAUCGUCUCCUUAGAGGAGACAAACUCAACUCUGAAGAGCCGGCUCUGCUCAGAACCAAGGCCGGAAUGCGUCGUUGGCUUCGCCAUCAGAAGCUAGCCACCAUUGAGGCCGAUCGGUCUCGCGAUACGGGCUCUCACACCAUGGAAACCGAGGUUGCAAGCGAAUCACUUGCAGAAGGCAUCGAGGUUGAGGAAGACCAAAUGGUUCCAUUCUAUUAUGACGUUAUGUCUGGAGUCCCUGAUCUUCCCGAACAGCUGCUCUGGAAAGAAGACGGGCAGGGCAACGUGGUUGAUGCCUCGGAAGAAUUCCUGCGAAUUCUCCCCAAGGGCUCCUUCGUACAGCCGGAUAGCAAGCUGACGCAGAAGAUGAACGCGAAUAUACGGCAAAUGCAAGAGACCCGGAAGAUAUGUUCAAAGAUUGGCAUCGUCAAGCAAAUGCAGCUUCAAUCCCAGAUGUAUCAAAACCAAUUUCAAAAAUAUCAACCAGAACCAUUUGUGGAGCAAGACGCCGAGCCCCAUGUCAUGAAUGACAACGGCCCCGUCAUAGCUCCCUGGGCAUGCAGAGCAGCCUUGCAACGGUCGGUCGCCAAGAUUUUUUACCACACUGGAUUCGAGGAAUACCAGCCUUCUGCGCUUGAGGCCGUGACAGACAUUGCUGCCGAUUUCUUCCAGAAGCUUGGGUCAACUGUAAAGUCCUACAUGGAAACACCCAAAAUGCCUGCCACUGAGAACCAGGACCCUAAUUCUCCAUUGGCUGAGUGGAAGCCUGCAUAUACGGAGCCGGAGAUUAUCCUGCACACUUUGUCCUCUGUCGGCGUACACCUUGACGAGUUAGAGCUCUAUAUCAAGGAUGAUAUUGAUCGUUUGGGGACUAAACUCACCGCAGCUCAUAGUCGCCUUAAGUCACUAUUGACCGAACUUCUCCGACCUGCCCUCGAAGGCGGCGAAGACGGCUCAAACGCAUUCAAGGAUGGCAGCGAACAGUUUGUUGGUGGUGAUUUUGCCGAAGACAUCGACGAGGAUUUCUUCGGAUUCAAAGAGUUGGGCUUGGACCGAGAAUUCGGUCUCUCCACUCUGAGUGUCCCAUUGCAUCUGCUCCAGAACCGGAUGUUCAACGCGGCCAAUCCACAAAGCACCACUGUCUCGCAAUCUGUUGAUCUGUUCCCCCCGCCGCCACCUUAUGCCCGCAUCUCAUCCGAGAAUGUAUCCGACCAAAUCGGGCUCUUGCACUCGUUCUUCAAGGGCAAGUUGAACACCAGUCGUAAUGAACCCCUGGUGGAGGAUCUCGAGCUGCCACCCAAGCAGAGGCCCAUGGCUGCCAAAACCCGUCUUCCACCCUCUGGCAAAAUCCCCCAACAUGGUCUCGCCGGUCCAACAUCCAGCCCACAGAAGCGCACUGCCCCGUCAGCUGCCUCCAAAACCACUACUACAGAACCAAGCAAGAAGAAAAUCAAGAAAAACAGCGGAAUCCCUGAAAUGCCCAACUUCAAUCCCGAUGGUGAGGGUGAUAGAAGCAUUACAGACCCAUCCGGCACCGUCAAUGCACAAAUCGACGGUCCUGUCGGUGGUGCUGACGCCACAGCCACCGAAGCGUGA